UCGAGGCGUCCUAGAACGGGCGCGGAACAAGGGCGGGGCGGAGUGAGCUGGCGCGAUUGAUUGUUGCGCCCUUUGCUCCGCCGCUGAGCGUUCCGAGCGAGGCGCUGCGCCCCCUGAGCGGCCGUGCGAGGCACCAAGGCGCCUUCCCGCCCGGGCCUGGGCUCUGCUACUUGCCACCUGCCCAGAGGACCCCCCCCCGCUCCUCCUCCGGACCCGGCCAUGCUGCCCAACACAGGGAGGUUGGCAGGAUGCACUCUCUUUAUCACGGGUGCAAGCCGUGGGAUUGGAAAAGCGAUAGCCUUGAAGGCAGCCAAGGAUGGGGCAAAUAUUGUGAUAGCUGCCAAGACUGGAGUGCCGCAUCGCACACUUCCAGGAACUAUCUACACUGCUGCAGAAGAAAUUGAAGCAGCUGGAGGAAAGGCUUUAGCAUGCAUUGUCAAUGUCAGAGAAGAAGAGCAAAUUGUUGAUGCAGUGGAUCAGGCUGUCCAGAAAUUUGGAGGGAUAGAUGUUCUUGUGAACAAUGCAAGUGCUAUCUCUUUAACUGGCACACUGGAUACGCCUACAAAAAAAGUGGACCUAAUGAUGAGUGCCAACACAAGAGGAACCUACCUCACAUCUAAAAUAUGCCUCCCUUAUUUGAAGAAGAGUAAGAUUGGCCAUAUCCUCAAUAUCAGCCCACCAAUUAACCUAAACCCUAUCUGGUUCAAAAAUCACUGUGCUUACACAAUUUCUAAAUAUGGAAUGUCCAUGUGCGUGCUGGGAAUGGCAGAAGAAUUUAGAGGAGAAGUUGCAGUCAAUGCAUUAUGGCCUCAAACAGCUAUAUAUACCUCUGCAAUGGAUAUGCUGGGAGGAGCUGGUGUAGAGAAACAGUGCAGGAAAACAGAUAUACUUGCAGAUGCCGCAUACUGCAUUUUAACAAAGCCCAAAACUUUCACCGGAAACUUCGUCAUUGAUGAAACUUUAUUGAGAGAAGAAGGAAUUCAGAAUUUUGAUGUAUAUGCGGUUGCCCCAGGUCAUCCUUUGCUACCAGACUUCUUUUUAGAUGUGGAUCCCGAAACACUAGCAAUGAAAAUGGAAGCACAAGGAGCUACUCCAACCUUCAGAGAAGGGAAAAAACAAGACCUUCCCAAGCAUGAAGGUCCUGACAAAACUAAACCUGAAGGUCCUGACAGAGGAAAGCUUCACGUGCAUUUUGCUGCCGAGAAAUCAGGGGGGCCUGUAGCAGAAACUUUUAAAAUUAUAAAAGCUGCGAUCAGUGACGAAGUUGUAAAGUCAACCCAAGGAAUUUAUCGGUUUGAAUUAUCUGGUGAAGGAGGAGGAGCAUGGUAUAUUGAUCUUAAGAACAAAGGUGGCAGUGUAGGAAGCGGAGAACCACCAGGAAAAGUUGAUGUGGUUAUGAGCAUGUCCAGCACUGACUUCGUAAAAAUGUUUUCAGGCAAACUGAAGCCAACCCUGGCUUUCAUGUCUGGAAAGCUGGCAAUCAAGGGUGAUAUGGCCUUAGCAAUCAAGUUGGAAAGACUGAUGGGUCAGUUUAAUGCCAAACUGUGACGGUUUAUGGUGUCACGUUGAACUUUCAAUAAAUAUUCAGUUACCUUGCUGUUUCAAGAUAACUAAUCCUUGCUCUUGUUUAAAAUACUCUCAGUCUAUAACUUCCUGAAUAUAUGACGUUUUGUAGGAAUAACUGCACCAAUUUUUAACUUCAUUUACUUGGAAUGAAAACCCUAGUGAUUAAAGUGAGAUGUAUUUCGUAAGAAGUGCAUCUAGAUUAGCGUGGAACAUGUCUUUUUUCAAAGAAUCAAUUCACCAUAAAUUUGCAGAAGGACAUUUACUCCUUUUGGUGGCACUGUGAACCCCCAUAUUGGCUUAGAUCAUGUUGGCAUUUUCCUUUUCUGAGGUAUCCAUGUUCCAAACUUUCCAAGGGUUGGGUUCCCUUAAAACCCAUGCACCAGUGAAUACAACAAGUAAAUUGCACUGAUUUGGGGUGCCUAUGAGUUAGGCCUUCAUUCCCCAAAA